AUGCAGGCUGACGGGGGCUCCGGUGGCGUAACAGAAACCCUGUUCGUAAUUUCUUUCAGACACCAAAUUCUCAAUCCCCGAGUCUCGAUCGGUGCUCGCCAUCGCCAGUCACCUCUCCAAGCUUUAAAACAGGGAAAAUUCAUGGGCAGAAAAGCAGGAACCUUGUUCAUCAACCCGAAGAAAUUCGGUAAUCUCCAAAAACCUUGCGCAAGAGAAAUGAUUUCGUUCCUUAACUGCUUAGCUUUGAGUCAACAAGGUAACGACUCAAAAUGCAGCCGACAAAAAUCGCUACUGAGUACUUGCAUGGAUGCUCAGUCCAGCGGUAAAAGAAAGCCGUGGGGUAGCAUUAAUUAUCACCUGCAGAGGCUGAGCAGGGGAAGGAAGUAG